GUGGUCGGCCGGCUCCGGCUUCUCUGUGUGGCGGGCCAUGGCGGCGGCGGCGAUGGCGGCAGCAGCGGCGUCCGCGAUCGGGCCGGGAGCAGCCUCGGUGGCUCGCGUCUCCUGCGGGAGAGACCUCAGCUGCGUCCCCGAGGUGGCGGGCACCCUUGGUGCGGUGGCCAGGCAGGGGUUUGAUUUCCUCUGCAUGCCUGUUUUCCACCCCCGUUACAAAAGGGAGUUUUUCCUCGAACCAGCGAAAAACCGACCAGGACCUCAGACCCGCUCUGACCUGUUGCUCUCAGGAAGAGAUUGGAACACGCUGAUUGUGGGCAAACUGUCCCCAUGGAUCCAGGCUGAUUCCAACGUGGAGAAAGUCCGCAGAAAUUCGGAGAUGGCCGUGUUGGAAGAACUGAAUUUUGGGGCGUACUUGGGGCUCCCUGCUUUCCUCCUACCCCUGACGCAGGCGGAGAACCCCAACUUGGCACGGGUUUUAUGCAACCACAUCAAUACCGGGCAUCAUACUUCCAUGUUCUGGAUGCGGGUUCCGCUGCUGGCCCCCGAAGACUUGCGGGAUGAUGUGAUUGAAAAUGAACCCAUGCAGGGAAUAGAAGAGGAGAGCGCAGGCGAGGAGAAAACCUGGCAGUGGUGGCAUAACUUCCGGACGCUGUGCGACUACAACAAGCGUAUCGCUGUGGCCCUGGAGGUGGGGCCCGACUUGCCCUCCAACCACGUCAUCGACCGCUGGUUGGGGGAGCCCAUCAAGGCAGCCAUCCUGCCCACCAGCAUCUUCCUGACCAAUAAGAAAGGCUUCCCGGUUCUCUCCAAGAUGCAUCAGCGCCUGAUCUUUCGCCUGCUGAAGCUUGAGGUCCAGUUCAUCAUCACAGGCACCCACCACCACCCCGAAAAGGAGUUUUGCUCUUACCUUCAGUACCUGGAAUAUCUCAGCCAGAACUGCCCACCGCCGUCCGCCUAUGAGCUUUUCGCGAAGGGCUAUGAGGACUAUCUCCAGUCUCCGCUGCAGCCCUUGAUGGACAAUUUGGAAUCGCAGACGUACGAGGUCUUUGAGAAGGACCCCAUCAAGUACUCCCAGUACCAACAGGCGAUCUACAAGUGCCUGCUAGACCGUGUGCCCGAUGAGGAGAAAGAAACAAACGUUCAGGGGGGGAUGGUGCUGGGGGCAGGCCGGGGCCCCCUUGGGAAUAGAUCUCUGCUCUCUCGGGGACGCGACAACUUUUCUCGGUCUCCUUCCCGCAGGUUGGAGAGCUGGCAAUACGAGGAGUGGGGUUCUCAGGUGACGGUGGUUUCCCGCGACAUGCGGGAAUGGGAGGCACCGGAGAAGGCCGACCUCAUGGUGUCAGAGCUGUUGGGGUCGUUCGCCGACAACGAGCUCUCCCCGGAAUGUCUGGAUGGGGCCCAGCAUUGCCUGAAAGAGGGGGGCGUGAGCAUCCCUUGUGAUUAUACCUCCUUCUUGGGCCCCAUCUCCUCCUCGAAGCUUUACAACGAAGUCCGUGCCUGCCGUGAGAAAGACCGGGAUCCAGAGGCUCAGUUUGAAAUGCCUUAUGUUGUUCGGCUUCACAACUUCCACCAGUUAGCACCCCCUAAACCUUGCUUCUCCUUCAGACAUCCCAACCCAGACUCUAUCAAAGAUAACAACCGCUACCAGACGCUGGAGUUCCAGGUCAAUGUGAACACCGUGCUUCAUGGUUUUGCUGGGUACUUUGAGACCACCCUCUAUGGAGACAUCACUCUCAGUAUUCGUCCGGAAACUCACUCACCAGGCAUGUUUUCAUGGUUCCCUAUUUUCUUCCCCAUCAAGCAACCUAUGAGCGUGCAGGCAGGCGAGCGUAUCCGGGUGGCCUUCUGGCGUUGCAGCACCUCCAAGAAAGUUUGGUACGAGUGGGCUGUAGUUUCCCCCAUGUGCUCUGUCAUCCACAACCCCACGGGACGUUCCUACACAAUUGGAUUGUGAGCAGGAGUUCAGUCCAUUCUCAUGAACGGCAUCCCCAUUGCCUCUCACCCUGAGACACAAGAGAACGUCCUCCACUCCAGCAUGAAAUACUUGAUUUUUGUUUAUAGAGGCACAAGGUCUCCCCACGUUUGCUGGGUGAAAGUCAACUUUCAUUGAAUCCCUCCUGCUUUGAUCAUGUCUUUCUGGUCUUUGAAAUUUCAAUAAAGUUGCUGAAGUUUGAG